GAAAUUUGGCUGCGCACGUUAAAUGAUUGGACAAGCUAACGCCACACGACUUCCGGAUAGAAUGCGCUAAGAAGGGGGCAAGAAAUAUGCAUCGGUACUUGAUAUAAAACAGCGGGAACGAAUAUGUACUUUGCGGCGAUUCCGUGAACGCAACCCCCCGUCCAACAUGGCGGCCCAGCGCAGGAGUUUGAUACAGAGCCAUCAGAGCUGGACAGAUGACCUGCCACUGUGCCAGAUGUGCGGGGUCGGCACGGCCCCCAACUGUGUGUACAGUCCUGAUGGCAAAGGAACCCAGAGCCACCCCAAUGAGGACGGACACCUCCGGUUCAGAGGUGAGGAUGGCUGUUUCCUGUACGGGGUCUUUAACGGCUACGAUGGCGGCAGAGUGGCCAAUUUCGCCUCCCAGUGUCUGACCGCCGAGCUGCUGCUGGGACAGCUCAAAUCCAGUCACACGGACGCCGACGUCCGCAGGAUCCUCACUCAGGCCUUUGACGUGGUGGAGAAAAGCUACUUUGAGACCAUAGACGACGCUCUGGCCGAGAAGGCUCACCUGUCCAACUACGUCCUGCCGCACAACGAGAAUGUGUCAUUCCACCAGCUCUCUCCCCAGAGUCAGAAGGUGCAGGAGCGUCUGAAGGAUCUGGAGCAGGAGGUGUCGGGAGGAGCCACGGCGGCGGUGGCGCUGAUCCUCAACAACAAGCUGUACAUCGCCAAUGUUGGUACCAACCGGGUUCUGCUGUGCAAGUCCAGCAGCGACGGGCAGAACCAGGUUCUCCAGAUCGGCAGGCCACACAGCACCGACAACGAGGACGAGCUGCAGAGACUGACUGCUCUGGGCGUGGACGCGGCUCGGGUGAGGCAGGCGGGGCAGAUAGCCGGACAGAGUAGCACCAGGAGACUCGGAGACUACAGGGUCAAAUUCAACUACAGCGACAUCGACACGCUCAGUGCUGCCAAGGCAAAACCAAUCAUCGCAGAGCCAGAGAUUCAUGGCAGCCAGUCUCUGGACAGCGUGACGGGCUUCCUGCUGCUCAUGUCGGAGGGUCUGAUCAAUGCCCUUGAGUCCGCCCAUGGCCCUGAGCAGGCCAAUCAGGAAAUUGUUGCCAUGGUAGCGGCGGAGUUGGCCCUGCAGAACAGUCUGGAGGCAGUGGCGCAGUCGGUGGUGGAGCGCGUCAUGCGGGUGCACCACGACGUGUACGUGUCCGGCCGUCAGAGGGCGACCCACUGUUCUCGGCACGAGGACAUGACCCUGCUCAUACGCACGCUCAACUACCCGCUGGCCGACGGCGCACUCACGCCCACUCAGGGUGGCCGAAUCUACCCCGUGUCUGUGCCCUACUCCAACAGCCAGAGCACCAGUAAAACCAGUGUCACCCUCUCGCUGGUCAUGCCGUCUCAGAACACCCUAACCAACGGGACCAACACUGCCUCCACCUUGGAGGAAGGCACCCCCACGCCAGGCAGCCAGAGCCCAACGGCGACCCUCCAGUCCACCAACACCCAGACGCAGAGCUCCAGCUCCAGCUCGGGCGACGGGAGCCUGUUCCGCCAGAGGGGCAGCCAGGCGGCGCAGCCUGACGAGACGGGCCGAGUCCCGCCCUACGUGGACUUCACUCAGUUCUACAGGCUGUGGGGAGGCGACCACUGCGACAGCCAGAGCACCCAGGGAGGACUGGGACCCCAGUGAGGAGAAUUGUGAAGGGACAGAGACUUUUAAGAGGUGGUUUGGCUAUUAAUGUAACAUGACCUAAAGGUGCAUGGAGGACGGACAGGGGGGCUUUCAAGGUCUUCUCCCUGAGAAAAUGGUGUCACUACAUGCCGCAAAAACGAUCUUUGCUCUUGCGUAACCGACGCUGGUCACGAGCGAUUGUGAAUAUAUGUAAUCAAGAUUGUAGCCAUUUUCUUUCAGAUGUAAAACGUGUCGGAAUCUCACAGACCUAAAAAGAUUUGCAGAGCUGAGAGUAAUUACAUACUGUAAAGCCUUAAAAUGGAAUGAAAUAAUGCGUUUGAAAGUAUUUUUAUAUAUAUAUUUAUAUAUCUAUCUAUAUAUAUAGAUAGAUAUAUAUCUAUAUAUAUCUAUCUAUAUAUAUAUGUAAUGAAAUAUAUCACCCAAAUGAUUCAACAGACUCGCUGGGCGUCUCGUCGUGUUAACACUCAUUUCCCUGAAACACCUUCAGCCCGAUGGCUCGAAACAAGACUCGUGCUGCGGCGACAUCACCUGUGGUGAGAGAAGAUGUAUUUUUAAUAAUACAGACGUAUUUAAAUAAUACAUGCCCAGUCAGGUUGCAUUCUACAUGACACAGGUAGUUCUGCCCGUGGAGCAGCGACACAGCACCGUGACAUUAAUUUGUCAGAACAAGAGGCGCUCCUCUGUAGGGCUCCAGACACACGCGCACACACACACACACACACACAAGAAUUGUUAAAUCUGGAAGCAAAUUAAUAACAAAAUGAAACGCAGCCUCUGGCUAAACCCUUUUUUUUUCUUCUUUUCUUUAUGAAAAUAAACAAACCAGCUCAGAUAUUCCAUAUCCAAUAUGCAUAAUUUCAUGUACAUACUUGAAAACAUCAAAAUUAAAGAGGCAAAAGACAA